AUGAAGGAGAGGGAGUUCCAAAACAUGUUUACAUUCUCCUCCGGCUUUGUGGCUGCCAGACUGACAAUUCCCUCCGCCGACGAUAUCGCCGAGAAGGACCAGAAGAAGACCGCCGACAAGGACCAGAAGAAGCAAACUAUUGGAUUUGCAAAGUUCCGUACGCGAGCCGACGCCAUAAAGGCCAGGGAUGUUCUGACAAAUCGCAGGGUGGAUGCCGAUGGCGUGCAGGUUCUCAAGGCAGAGCUGGCUAAAAAGGAUCUGUACACUUGGCGCACACCUUUUUCGCUUGGCCUUGGUACCUCGAAGGGCGCGACCUUUGGCCUGGACACUCCCAACACGGCUCUGGGCUUCCAACACAAACAACAGCAGCCACAGACGGCAACUACCCAGCCUCAGCAAUCAUUGCAGUCAUUGCAGCCCGUCAACACUAAUGACCAGAACCCGCCCUGCAACACGCUGUAUGUCGGCAACCUGCCUGCGGGCGCAAUGGAGGAGGAGUUGAGGCUGAUUUUCCAGCAGGCCCUGGGAUUCAAACGCAUGUCCUACAGGGCCAAGCCCUGCUCGGGCCCCAUGUGCUUUGUCGAGUUUGAUAAUAUUGACUUUGCCACCCUGGCUAUGAACGAAUUGGACGGCCGUAUGCUCUCCAACUCGGUCGGUAGCGGUAUCCGCUUGUCGUACUCGAAGAACCCUCUAGGUGUCAGGUCGAACCAG